CUACCCCUCUUCUUCCCAGACCCUGCUCUUCUGCUACUCAUUCACCAACACUCAGAGGAGGAACUGUUGGUGAUCAUAACAUAACAAACACUCACAAACCAUACCCAACCAAGAAAAAACCAGACACCAACUUAUGGAUCUCACACAACUCUCAUGUCUCACUUUCAUUGUUCUCCUGUUCUUCACUACCCCAGGGGUUAUGGCUGCCACCUUCACAUUCGUUAACCGAUGCGAUUACACGGUGUGGCCAGGCAUUCUCGCAAAUGCUGGUAGCCCACCACUCCAGAGCACCGGCUUCGAGCUUCCCAAGGACACUUCUCGCACCUUCCAAGCUUCCACCGGCUGGUCCGGUCGCUUCUGGGCCCGAACCGGUUGCACCUUUGACGGAUCCGGAUCCGGUUCCUGCCUCACUGGCGACUGUGGCUCCGGCCAAGUCGAAUGCAACGGCGCGGGAGCCGCCCCGCCGGCCACUCUCGCCGAGUUCACGCUGGGCACCGGAGGCCAAGACUUCUACGACGUCAGCCUCGUCGACGGCUACAACCUUCCCAUGAUCGUGGAGGGUACUGGCGGGUCGGGUCUAUGCGCCACUACGGGGUGCACGUCGGAUCUGAACCAGCAAUGCCCGGCGGAGCUGAGAGCCUCCGAGGGAAGCGCGUGCAAGAGCGCGUGUGAGGCUUUUGGUAGCCCCGAGUACUGCUGCAACGGCGCGUAUGGCUCACCCGCAACCUGUAGGCCCUCCAUUUACUCGGAGAUGUUCAAGGCAGCUUGCCCAAAAUCGUAUAGCUACGCUUACGACGACGCUACCAGUACUUUUACGUGUACCGGCGCUGAUUACACCGUUACCUUCUGUCCAUCCUCUCCAAGUCAGAAAUCGUCACGAGAUACCACCACCAACCCCAUGCCCUCAACAUCAUCAUCAUCAUCACAAGGGACAGUGACAGGAACAGAAACAGGAACAGGAAUGGGAUCCGAAGGAGGAGCGGUGGUGUACACGGGUGCGGACAAUGGAGUUGUGUAUAACUCCGUUACGGAUUCCGGGUCAAGUACAGGAUCCGGAGGAGAAACAAUGCUGGCAGAUGGGUCAUAUUUAGCUGGGUUGGCGAUGGGAGAGUCCUCCCCCAGAAGAUCAGUUUCCAUGGCGUUUGUGUCCUCAGCUAGCUUUUUGCUUAUUUUCACCUUGCUUUAGCCGAACCAGCAUCGUGGCUUUUGUUUGUUUGUUAAAUGUAAAUGGGUCUUAGAAUUUGGGGUUUUUCGUGGUGGGUUCAAGAAUUUUGGCUUUGCCAGUAAAGCUGGCAGAUUCUCCUUGAUUGUAAACCACCCGCCAAAAGAUUCGGCAAAAAAAAUAUUCCGUGUUUCAUUCGUUAAAGUUCUGGUUUUUAUAUUGUUAAUUAA